AUGGCGAUUCAAGAGAACGGUGGAAGUCUGCCACGUAAGCCAAGUGUCCGCUUCGAACUUAAUGCCACAGAAGAAACAGAUCCGGUGAGUUCUUGCAUUUUUAAAGUGAUGUUUAUGACAUAUGGAUUAAAAUGGCAUUAAAAUUUUUUUUGAAAAAUUGAAUUUUUUUGUUUUGCAUAGUAUCAUACUUACUUUCUAAUCUUUUAGGUACAAUCCCCAGUGAAAGAAGCCCCAAACGCCACUCCCAACAUUCCAAAAUCUCCAAAUUGUUGUAGAAAACUCUCAGGCUCAUCAACACCAACCAAAUUCGCUGAUCCAUCAAAAAUCAACCUCUCCUUCGCUGGAUGUGGCUUUCUAUGUGUAUAUCAUGCUGGAGUUUGUGCUGCCAUCAAAGAAUAUGCUCCACAACUAUCUAAAAACAAAGUCUAUGGAGCGUCGGCUGGAGCUAUUGUUGGUGCCGGAGUCAUUUGCAAUGUCUGUGUAUCAGCAGCGACCAGUAUGAUGCUACAAGCAGCUUCAGAAGCACAACGUGGCACGCUGAAGACGUUGAAUCCAAACUUUGAUCUCAGCGGAAUCGUACGAAAAGGAUUGGAGCUGAACUUGCCUCCAGAUGCGCAUGUUCAAUGUACUGGAAGAUUGUUCAUCAGCUUGACCAGAGUAUCCGACUAUAAGAAUGUGAUGGUAUCAGAGUAUGCGACCAGAGACGAGUUGAUCCAAGCCAUCGUAUGUUCCAGCUUUAUUCCAAUCAUUUCCGGAGUGCGACCACCAAAGUUCAGAGGAGUUGAGUACGUGGAUGGAGGGUUAAGCAACAACCAACCAAUUGGCGAUGAAUAUACUCUAACAGUAUCUCCUUUUGCUGGUGAACAUGAUAUCUGCCCAUCAGACCGAGACUCAGCUUCAUUAUUGGGUAUCGACUUCAGCAACACCAAUAUCAGAAUGACAACAGGAAAUCUGUUCAGAAUGAUCACCUGCUUCUUUCCUCCAUCACUAGACAUCUGUUCCAAUAUCUGUCGUCAAGGCUUCCAAGACGCUCUAGUACUACUAACAAAGAAGGGCCUAGCACCAUGCGUGCGAUGCUUAACAAUCCAGAGUAAUGUGUUGCCGAUACCUGAAUAUAAGAACAGCUUUAUGUCUUCAAGAGUACGAACAGCGUCCAUCGUAUCGAAUCCAUCACGACUACGACUGGCGUCAGAAUGUGAAAAGUGUUACGAGAGCGAGUUCUACCCGGAAGAUGCUACUGCACUCUUUCCAAGUGUGCUACAGACAGCGUUUGGAGAAGCGAAGAAGGCCGAGAGUAGACUGUUUACCUACUUGAACUCGUUUAGAAUAUACAGAUACUCGAGGCGACUAAUGGCACCAGCUAUACUACCUUUUGAGUUGGCUAUGUAUACGGCUAAAACGUAAGGAUUAAAAUUUUGGAAUUUGAAAAAUUAAUUUUUAAUUUAAAAAACCAUUUCUGAGCUAAUUAAUAUUGUUUUAGAGUGCAAUCUUGGAUUUACCCAAAGAGUGCAGUCGAUUACUUUACUCAACGCCUACAAGCUACAGUAGAGCUGGUACAAAGCAUUCUGGAUGCAGCUCAAUCAUCCUCAAGUAUCAAAUCUCCACCAAGCUAUCGUAUCGGAUUGGCUGAAGUCGAAAGGCGACAAUCUUCGCUACCUAGUAGAAGACCUUCUAAAGUCCCUAAUGCUUAUGCUGCAGUAAGUUGGUUUGGGGUGUUUAGGGAUUAAUAGGGAUUUUCUAGAUUUUGUGUAUGAAAAUAGAGCUUUAGGUAUUAAAACGAGAUUUUUGUCAACUAACAAUGAUUAAUUCCUUUUAAAUUUCAGUUAGAAAACCGUGAAGGUGAACUCUACGACGAAGGCUCGGCCGACGAACUCGUUCGCUACAGCAAUGAACACGACGCAGUUCUCGCCUAUCACUACAUGGACGAGAAGAACCAGGUCCAAGUUUGCCAAAUCUACGACGUAAACAACCCGGACCUGCAACGCCCGUGUCACGGUAGCUGUAGCCGCCGAAACAGCACCAAUUCUCGACCACCACCAUCAAAUCCAAAACAAAUGUCAUCGGCCGGACAACGAAGAACACAUCAGAACUCACAGCCACCAGUUGUGGAGGAAGAAGAAGAUCUACGGUUUAUAGGUGGACAUGAUGAAGAUGAUAUUGAGCCGACGAUGGAGAUGGAGAGCUUGGAAGAGGUGCCAGAAUCUUCGAAAAGCCCGAUUAAUGGAGAGGAUUCGGGAUUGAGCUUGACUGAGGAUUCGAAUCAUCCUGAAUAUAACGUCAAGUAAGUUUGUAACAGCCUUUUAGGUAAUAAAUUUUGAAAAUUGAAAGAAAAUUUACAAUUUUAGGUAAUAAAUUUAAAAAAAAGUCAAAAUUCCAUCCGAAAUUUAAAGUUUCACCUCCCAAAACAUUUGAAUUUGACUCGUCUUUAUAGGUGGCUGGUUUCAGGAAACGAGACGCCUGCUGCUCGCCGAUCCGCCGCCAAGACCAACAACAACAAGCCCGCCACAACAACAACAACACCGGCGAUAAAGAAGCGCGAUCGUCGCUCAACGCGAAUCGCCCGUCUCGCGCGUCGCUUUUCGACGGCCGUUCUUCACAACUAAACGCGGAAUUGUAGGUUUUUCAGAAGUUUAGGUAAUAAAUUAUGGUUUUUUUGGAAUUUAGGUAACAUUUUUGGGUUUUUUAAGUUUAGGUAAUAUUUUCCGUUUUUUUUUGAAAAUUUGAUUGAAAAAAAUGGUAAAAAAAUAUUUUAAGUCACAAAACUUUACUAAAACCGAACAUUUAGGUAACCAAACUAAGGCUAAGCAUUAAAAAUCCAAAAAAACUAUUUUAGGUAACAAUAUAUUAAUGAAAAUAGCAUUUCAGAGCCCAAAGCGGAUCUCUAACCUCAUUACUCCGCCGACACACGAUGGGAACAGGUAUGAAACAGAAAUAUAAUCAGAAUCGUCACUCGAUGGGCUCAACCAAGUCCAUCAAUUCCGGACCGGCUGCUUAUCACUACUGGCCUCCAAUCUCGUCGGAUUCGGAACAAGACGGCAACGACACAUUUUUUAUACCAAUGAGAGCACGGUCAGCCAGUAGCAAUGCGUACGAUGGAGAGCCGGAGCAAAGCGAUUAG